UCAAGUUGGGCGUGGUAAACACGACAUAUUCUGCAGCCUCAGGCAAUUGUUCUGUAAUGUUGUGAUGGGUCGAAUUUGAGCACGCUAUUUUCAAGAGCACUAGACUAGAGACACGAGAGAUUUUUUCUCAUAGCGUUGCUUAUUAUUCAUCAUUAAAGUAACCAUAAUUCUACAACAUUAAGUUGUAAUAUCUCAUCACUCAUCAGUAUAAUAAGAUGUGUUUCAAAGCAUUUGCUUCCAUAGCAAUACUUUUCUCAACAUUCUCUCUUUUCCCAUGCAUUUAUGGGAGGUUAUGCCAAAUUGAAAAUCACAGAAGAUGGAUUAAUGAUAACACUUCUCAAUUAUCUGAUGAUCAAGAUCUCUUUCAUUGUCCUAGACCUGAAGAUCCUCCCCAAUUUACCGAUUGUUGUUAUUCUGAUAGCCAAGCUGUUCCUGGUACUGGUAUGUGCUGUGAAAGAAAGUCACAUGAUUCUAUGUUAGGAUUUGGUGAUAGUAUGCUGAUAGCUAUAUCAGUUGGGGUCAUUAUUUCCUGCCUUUUAUCUUCAAUAUUGGUUCUUGUUUGCUGUUUUUGCAGUAAAUGUCCAUUAUACUCUGUGUGUCACAGCAAGUAUGAGCAUAAUGACACAAUUGCUUUUUCUACCAAAGAAGAAUUGAUGAAAUUAAAUGGUAUGCCGAACGAAGAUUACAAAAUUCAGCAAGGUUAUGAACCGAAUGCCGUUCAGGUUCGGCCGGUCCUUUAUGACGCUUGACGAGCGCAUCGUCUGAACCUCCAGUAUCUCAAAUUAACACUUUAAUUGCAAUACUUAAUGAAUCUCAUCGAAUUCACGCGGUAACUUUAUGCUGCAUUAAUGAUAUAACCUCAUCUCGUGCUGAACCAAGAAGCUUAAAUUGUCUUCGUACAAAAUUAUUUUUGCGCUACUUUCUAAUACUAUUAUGCUAUUUGAUGGUGAAUUCGUCCAUUUUGAAGCUUUAGACGUGAUUGAUCCUCCAAGAAGAAUUGUGUAAUCUAGUCACGUAUGCAGCUAAUCUGUUUGUCUGUUUUGCAACGAUUUAUCACAAUUUUGAUGAAAAAAAAAUUGCAUUUUCUUUUAUUCAAGCAAAACACGACUUGAAAAAUACAAGCUUUGAUACAAAA